CAUCUGUUAAAAGUACAUUUUUCACAAAUUGGGACACAUCUAAAGUUAACAAUUUUCUUGAAUCAGUUUACCAACUGAAGUUCAUAACUCAGAUGUAUAGAAUAUAAUAUAAUUCCGUAUAAUAUAAUUUUUCAAACGUGGUAACAGAGUUUUAAUACCUUUACAAAACUGUUAGAUUAGACUGACAACAUCUGACCAAUCAGAACAGAUAUUCAAUUAACCCAACAUCACGACUACCAUAGAUAACAUUAAAGUCAAAUCAGCUUUCAGAAUCACUUCAAUGUGUCAUCAAGCUUUCCUGUAGACAACAAGGGAAAAGAAACUUUUAGGCAAAAUAUCCAUGAAAUCCAAAAUUAAUGAAGGAUCUCCAUCUACACCGUGUAGUUUCACAACCUUCAGGAGCUGCGUCACAGUGCAUCUCUGGCCACCAAAGUCUUCAUUCAGAGAGACUACAGAGACAGCACCAUCUGCAAAUUCCAGACCAAGUUCCCCGCAGAGCUGGACAGCAGGGUGAGAUUCAAAUGAAGAUCGAGAGGAGCCUGUUUGAAGAAACAUUGAAGACGCUCAACUGCUAUUAUGCAGAGGCUGAAAAGAUUGGUGGUCAGUCCUACCUGGAAGGCUGCCUGGCUUGUGCUACAGCCUACAUCAUCUUCCUGUGCAUGGAGACACGCUAUGAAAAGAUACUGAAAAAGAUCAGCAUGUAUAUUCAGGAGCAGAAUGAGAAGAUCUAUGCACCCAGAGGUUUGCUCCUCACAGAUCCCAUCGAGAGAGGCAUGAGAGUGAUCGAAAUCUCCAUCUUUGAAGACAGUGGCUCCACCAGCUCCAGCUCCAGUGGAAGUUCUCCAUCCAGUAGCACAGCUCAAUGACUGGAGGAGCAGCACCAGGGGUACGGGUACAGGGGGGCCAGUACGCUCCCCAAAAUCAGAAUGUUGAAACAUGAGAGCACCAGAUUUUAAAGGAAGAGAGAGAGAGAGAGGAAGUACAGGUACUGCUCACUCGCUCACUUCUUCAAAACAACAAGCGCAAAGCCAGGAGCUUUAACCCACAAACAUACCUCACCUUCCCCACCUCAUUUAAAUCAGCCUCCUCUGCAUUUCCAUUAGUGACAGACACAUGUUGAUCAGCCCUCAAUAGUGAAAUAAAGAGGGCUAGCAGACGGGUACAAUGGUUGGAUUGCUUCCUACAGAUUUUUCACUGUGUGAUAGCUCUGUUAAAUGGUUUUAAGCUGGUUUUGAAACAUGAUAGCUUGUUUCUAGCUAGCCUAAGUCAAUUCCAGUGUUAUACUAGUAUCAUUGAGAUAAUAUUAUAGUUUUUGUUAAAGGUGGUGUAUUUU